UGCUGUCACAGAGCGGUGGUAGCUUCUGCCCGCCCCCCUGCCUUCGUCAUCCCGUUGAACGCGGAAGUAACCCUCUGAGUGAAACAUGUCUGUGUCGAGCGGUUCCUACAAACCUGUGAGCCAUGUCAUUUUCGACAUGGAUGGAUUAUUAUUAGAUACGGAGCGGCUCUACACGGUGUCCUUCCAGGAAAUUUGUGACCGCUUUGGAAAGCAGUACACCUGGGACGUGAAGUCGUCGGUGAUGGGCAAAAACGCUGUGGCCGCUUGCCAGACUAUCCGGGACGCUCUGGAGCUCCCCAUGACAGCUGAGGAACUUCUGGCCGAAACCCGACAAAUACAAGAAAAGAUCUUUCCCUCUGCCAAACUCAUGCCUGGUGUGGAGAAACUGGUCCACCAACUGAAGAAGCACAAUAUCCCCAUCGCUGUGGCUACCAGUUCUGCCGGCGUGACAUUCAAGCUGAAGACGAGCCAACACAAAGACUUCUUCGGCCUGUUUGACCACAUCGUUCUGGGUGACGAUCCCGACGUGAAGAACAGCAAACCUCAACCCGACUCCUUCCUGGUUUGCGCCAGCAGAUUCAGCCCUCCAGCCUCUCCAGAGAAGUGUUUGGUGUUUGAAGACGCUCCCAACGGCGUGAAGGCGGCGCUCGCUGCGGGGAUGCAGGUGGUGAUGAUUCCCGACGACAACCUGGACCGCAGCCUUACCCAGGAGGCCACACUGCGACUCAGGAGCAUGGAGGAGUUUGAGCCCCAGCUCUUUGGCCUGCCGGCGUUCGACUGAGCCAAACCUGUAAACCGAAUCCGAACCAGCCAAAUUGUCAUAUCUCUCCAUUACUCUUCUUCAGGCGUAAUGAUCAGGAAACCGAGCCAGGCUGAUUGUUUUCAUGGAUGCCUUACUAUGAUCUUGGGGAAUAAUUUUAUUUUGUGUUGGCACCAACCUGCUACUGUAAUACAGGAAUUGUUAAAAGUUUCAUUGCUAUUGACUUUUUUUUUUUUUCUAGUGCUGUAAACAGCAUAAAAGAAAAUUAAUUUGCCUUUUAUUGUACAAGGCUGGAGGCAGGGACAAAAGAACUGGCUACAUACUUCUAGGAGCAGGUGAACUCUUUAAUUAAGAACACAAGUGGUGUUCGUAGAUCAUUUACUUACAGGUUCCUUGUGGAGUUCUAUUUGUCUAGUAGUGCUUUGGUAGCAAUUCUCCGAUUUGAUUUAUUUUGUGCAGGUGAUGAAAUUCACAGCCUGCCAGCGGUUUCACACUACGCCACCGAUCUACAGGAGGCAGCAGCACACCUACUAUACGACCAUGUGUCAACAAAGCGAGCGAAGGUGAGGAUCGAGUUACCAUGGAUGGAAACAACACCAGAUUUAACGCCAGUGUGCUCGAUGCAUUUGCAAGAGCUGUAGAAUAGUCUUGGUAAUGCUGACUGCAAACAUAACUUUUGUGUGCUUCGAAGACGUUUCUCCACAAAACACCUUAAACUGGCUGCAUGGUCUCGAAAGAGGAAACCUCAAAUCUUCUUUGAAUUUUCCAGCACUUAAAUGGCGAAAAGUCUAUUUGGUUUAUUUGAUUUUUCGUUUCACGAUAAACUAUUUGUUUAUCGGCAUUUUAGAGACUUGAUUUUGAUGUAUAGCACCUGCUUCACAUCUAAUUAUAGUUACUGAAAAGCAGCACUGAAAACACAGCAGAUUUAUAGAGUUCUACCUCCUGGACCCGACCUUCCCAGAGCUCUAUACAACUAAAUUGACCGACUCCAACCAGAGACCUGAAUCUUUGCUGGGACCCUUAUGGUUCAGUCAGGUUGUUUGGGCUUGGGGUGGGUUCACAUUUGAUUAUAUAGUAUUACAUUUAUAUAUAUAUGUGUUUAAAUUCUCUGACUGUGGCGUAUGUGUAAUGUUUUUCAAGUAGAUCCAGACUAAUGGUGAGGUUAUUGAUAGACAGAAGACAGCCGACGAAACAAAGAAAGAAUUCAAAGUAGUUCCAUAUACAUCAGUGGCAGCACAUCACCCAGGUAACAGACGACUGCUCUUUGAAGCUAUCUUUGGCUGUAGCUAGCUGCCAUGAGCUAAUUACCCCGUGGCUCAAUUAGCAGUGGAGCCAGAGUUUGUCUGGAAGGGACUCGGCAGCCCAAGAGUCAACAUGGCUGGAACAAAACUGGGACCGAACACAGCCUCCAAGACUGAUGGAGGCCAGUUUGAAGGCGACAGAUCCAGUGUGGAGGUGGUUUACGGUGGCUCUGACCAAGACUCUGACUCAGGGGACAAGAAGUGGCAACUGAACACAGCACAUACAGCCGGGACAUUUUCACAUCUCACCCUUAGAAAUAAGAGUUUAUUUAGCCCAAUCCAGAGGUGACUGUGGAAAGACAAACCAGCGUCAUAAUAUGUUUUAUGAUGAGUUAUGAUAAAAGAGCCAAAUUCAGAUGUUGUGUCUUUUGCUAAGUUUUACUCUUCAAACUAAGAGAGCUUGAUAAAGCCACUGGGGCAGGAUGGGUCAGGGCUAGCUGCUUAGCACGCUAACUGCUGUAAACAUCUCUGCAACACAUCUCACAGACAUGUUUCAACAUAAUCUCAUCACAGUUGUUUUUUUUCACACAGUUGAUAAUUAACCUUUUGAACAUUUCAAACUAAAAUUCUGGCCAUAUCUCACAAAUUGCCCCAUUCAGAACACUUUUGAAGUCUGUUAUUCUACUAGCAGGAAAAGAAUUAACCGCUGCAUGUCAUACCACAGCAAACUGAUCAUUUGGAUGUCAUCCAAAAGACAUUUUCUCUCAGAAGCUCUUGAACACAACGCGGUGGAUCAGACCAAAUUCUGUCGGCGCUUCGUUGUCCUUGCCCAUAGAUUGCGCUUAAGCGGUCUUAUUGAAAUGCCAAAGACACUACUCCUCUCCUCAGUGUAAUCCAGUAAAGAGGCUGCGAGUCGUCCUCACCCUUUCAUCUCUGCUCAUGUCUGCCUCUGCACUUACUACAAUUCACAUGUCCCCCCGUCCUCUCGCCAGGCAGGCUUUAACGGGGGGCCCCGCUGGUGGAGCCUGGUGCCACGGCUCCCUCAGGCUGCUCAAAUAGGAUUUUCGCUGCACUCGCGUCCACUUCUCCUCCAAGCCUUUCUGGCCUUUCAUCUUCAAGGAGGGGGGGUCGCCUCCUCCGCUGUUUUUUUCCAUUUUCCUGCGCACACUCAUGACUCUGUAAACGCACGCGUCACCCUCUCCUGCUCUGUGUGAUUCCCCUCCUUUGUGCGUUUGCCUUUUAACUCGCACCGCAAAGUGACCGUCGUGCUGAAACAGGUGUUUGUAUUGCAAAUUAAGAUUCAGAUCGCGGGCUGCAGGAUGAGAACAAUUCGGGAAUCAUGUCAUCCACGCUGUUUUGCAUUUUCUCUGCUCUGCAAAUUUGUUCACUUUUCUGAAUCAAAUAAAGUUCCAGAUUAUGUCCUUUCAUUUUUUUUCCUUUUUCACUUGAUCUGAUAUGUAUUUAGGCUAUAGGUCAUUUUCAGACAUAUUGCAUAUUUUCUCAGAUGAUUCAAUCUAAAUAACAAAAGCCAGGUUCCAGGCGCAUCGGUAUUCUUGGAAACGCGUCGGUAACCAUGGAAAUGUGUCAGUAGCUAUGGAAACACUUCAUAGCCAUGGGAAACACAUCGGUAACCAUCGGCGUAAAAGGUGUUGCAGGCCAAACAAGUCAAUGUUUACACUGUUGUCCUCGAAAAUGAUUAUUCUCCUUCACCUGUAAGAGAACAGCAGAGUCUUGACCUGGGCAAAGGUUGUUUUGUCUCUCCACAAUGUACAAAUCUGUGCAGUCCUGGCUGCAUUGAACAUCAUCAUCUGCAUUACCCCGUAGCAGGCGUUUCUUCAUCCUAUUUACCGCUUCUUGUGUGGGAAGGCAUGUAAAAAGCGAGGUAAGCGUCAUAAGAAACCCUUGUUUGGUCUGGGUCCAGUGUUACUUCCCUCACCUUGUUGGGUGAAAUCCUGAGAUUUUUCUUUUUUUUUUUUUGCUGUUGUGUGGUGUUUAGUGUUGCCGCCCAAAGAAGCUAGGAUACUGGCCGAGUGCUGGGAUAUGCUGGAGGUAACUGAGUUGGUGCUGCUUCCUUUGCGUAUCUUGGGGAGUCCAUAGAUACAUGGGAUCCUGUGGUACAGUCAGUAAUGGUCUGUCAAUGGUUUUGUCCUUUUCCAAUUUGUGCAGCUAUUCUAUAACCUUGUGUUUGUACCUACUGGUAGGAUAUUGCCUCAGAGCCUCACAGGUGUUAGUAUCGCUAAGCAGAUAAACGACUUCGGUAUGGUGCUCGGCUGUGUUCAGCACUACAGUGCAUCUCCCUUUGUCUGCCAGCAAGACAGUGAUGUUCCAGUCUCUUUUGAGUGAUGCCAGGGCCUUCUUUUCCUCAGUUGUGCCUUUGCAUUAGCGAGAGCGGCUGAUACCUUGAAGCUCAGUCGUAGAUGUUCUGCCUCUGUGUCUGCCAGCUUGUUGUUUCUGAUGGCUGACUCACUUGCUGUGAUGAGAUCUGCUGCUGGUAUCUGUUCUGGAGCUACUGCAAAGUGCAGUCCUUUGGCAAGAACGUCCUUCUCUGAUUGGGUAACAAGGGCAUUUCUUGACAGAUGAAUGCCAUAUAUUAUUUGAUUUAAGGAUUCAAGUAUUUAAGUAUUUGGUGCUACAGCAAUUUUGUCACUCAGACGUUAAUUCACAAAAAGAAAGAAGACAUGAAGGGAUUCCUUUUAUGAAAAUAUUGUACUUGUAUUGUUAUGGAUCAAUACAGGCACAAAUACAGUAUCUUUCAACGGUUUAGCGAAUGCAGUGCAAAUGUUGCAUACUGUCUGCUGAUUGUCCAGUGGACACACAUUGAACAGAUUUAAUGCAUCUUUCUGUACACUGGCUUUUGCUAUAUACAUCAAAUGCUGUGCUGCUUCAUUCUUAAUUUAUUUGAGUAUCGAAUUUAUUUUCUCAUAUAGCUUUUGGUAUACAGUUUAUUGGCAUCACAUCAAGGACCAACCAUUUUUUUUUUUAUAGAAGAGUAAGACAGAAAGAGAAAUCCCCAUAAAUCAUUACACAGACAGGAUGUGUAGUAAAUGGAAGUCAAUAUGAGAGCUGUAGCCAUACAAAGCUGUUAACCUUAAGUUUUUUUUUUUACUGUAAGAUAAAAUAAAGGAUCCAUGGUUGUCGA